GGCGGGAAUAAGACGCAGACCGCGCCUGCGCACCCAGCCCCAUUCCUUCGACCUCUGCCGCUGCUGCCGCCGCCGCCGCCGCCGCCGUCGCCGCCGCCUGCCAGGAAGGGAGGAAGCGGGAGAGGAGCCCACGUCGCCUGUCACCCAAGUCCUCGAGCCGCACCACCGGAAGAGUGUAAGAUGUUCGCCUGCGCCAGGCUCGCCUGCACCCCUGCUCUGAUCCGAGCUGGAUCCAGAGUUGCAUACAGACCAAUUUCUGCAUCAGUGUUAUCUCGACCAGAGGCUGGGACUGGAGAGGGCUCUGCAGUAUUUAAUGGGGCUCAGAAUGGUGUGUGUCAGCUAAUCCGAAGGGAGUUUCAGACCAGUGCAAUCAGCAGAGACAUUGAUACUGCUGCCAAAUUUAUUGGUGCGGGUGCUGCAACAGUAGGAGUGGCUGGUUCUGGUGCUGGUAUUGGAACAGUCUUUGGCAGCCUUAUCAUUGGUUAUGCCAGAAACCCAUCACUGAAGCAGCAGCUGUUCUCAUAUGCUAUCCUGGGAUUUGCCUUGUCUGAAGCUAUGGGUCUCUUUUGUUUGAUGGUCGCUUUCUUGAUUUUGUUUGCCAUGUAACAAAUUACUGCUUGAAAUGUUGACAUUCAUAUUAAUUACGGAUGUAAUUCUGUGUAUCUUACUGUGACUCCGAAAACUGUAGUAUUGGUGUCAUGGAAAUGUAUGUUACUUCCAAAGUCAUUUCAUUAAAGAUAAAAACUUUAA